AUGCCGUCCACCCACAGCCCCUGGAUUACACACAUCGAACGAGUCUGCGACAGCGUUCAGAUAUCUGAAGCGGUAUACGGCGUGCGCCUGGGCAGUAUCAGCAACGAGCCCGAUCUCAGCGACAUUCGGACACUGGUAUUAAAGGAGCGAGAAGCUGCACGAUCUACAUCGAGGCAGGCCAUGGGGACACCGCAACUUAACCCAAUGGUCCGGUAUAGGCUGGCGUCAGUGCUGAUGUCUUGUCCUAUUCGGUCGAAUGAAGGUCGACCUAGACAAAAUGGAGUGCAUUUUUUUGAUUCGCAAGAGGAUAUAUCUGCUCUAGUACAAGAGCUACAGCAAUCUGGAGACCUAGGAUACGCCAUCUCUAUCCAGGGAUCAUACCUCAACGGUCUAAGCGUUGGGCCCUAG